AUGGAACCUGUAGGACCCCUUACCGACGUCGAUGCCUUCCAUUUUAUCGGAGUACAGGUGUUGGUCAAGCUGGUUACUGGAGAAAAAAUCAAGGGGGAGCUAUACUCUAUCGAUCUUCAUCGGUGUGACAUAGUAAUCAUCAGAGGUGAAGAUGAUAAAGGUUGUGAGUCGUUGUACUUGGUAUCCGCGCCAGCAGUGGUAUGCUUCGAGCCGCUGGGACCACCAAACCAAACAAUGGAGGACAUACCAAGGAUACCAUACGACGACCUUGUCGGCGCCAAAACGGCUGUAGAAUCAGCGGAUGAAGAUAUGCUACGUAUAAUGGCACAAGAGGACCCACAUACACGCAUAACUUACCAUAAAAGGUGGACGACACGUAACCGGACACCAAAUGUACCGGUUUGUAGUAGCGACGAAACAAACUCGCUUGGCCAAAGUGGCCAUUGGAACACUAAUUAA